AUGGCCGGGGUGAAAGCAAGCGGGGGUGGUCCAAUCAGAGGCGAGUACGGGUGGGGCAGAAUACCUCCGCCCUCUCCCUCAGCAACGUUACCUCCUGUAACUCUCCUCCUCAUCCCUCUUUCUCCACGAGGUUGGAAUCACCGCCACUUCCAACCAGCAGCACCACCACUAUCCACCUUCUUCCUCCUACUCCACCUCCACCUCCACCUUCUACGUAAGCUCUGGUCUCUCCUCCUCUCUGAAGCCCCCGCGGCUCCUGGCGGCUACCCAAGACAAGUGCCCGCGAGAGAUUCUCACGGCAUGAGCGGGGAUCGUUACGUACGACCGACGGCGAGGAUAUCCACGGCCGAGGAUUUCCACGACGAUUUCCGCGCGAGUACGCGUUACCAACCCAUCAUCCACGAUACGCACGCAAUAAUGCUGUCCGCCGCACCCGUCGUCGUGGACCCAGCAACGAUUGCGCUCACCUGGAUGCGACCGAUCGUCCGACGUGAUUGAACGACCGCCGUCGUCACGCACACGCAUCGCCACGUACACAGAGACACUCGCAGCCAGAGUGGAACACGGUGAUUCUACCGAUCACGCGAUCGACAGUAAGUAGGCGCAACGUUGUUUUCAUCUCCCUCCCCCCUUGCGUUUGGUCCUCAUGAUUCAGCCCGUUGUGUAACAAUCUCCUUGCAGUUACUGGUGUGUACAUUGGUGACAGACAAAUCACGAUUCGUAUUUCGAAAUCACUCGCACCUUUCAGGUGACAAGGAACGCUAAACGAACGCGUAUGAAUUUGAAGUAGUAUUAUAGAUGAUAUCGUUGACCCGUCGUGUGCCCUAUGAAUGGAAGCAAAAGUUGCUUUCCUGCCGAUGAGAAAUAAAUCUGGGGAUGAUCGUAUGUGGAAUCGAAGGAGAAAGGGGGAAAAGUGUCGGGUGUACGGUCGGAUAAACACCUGUGCGCGAGAUAGGAAUGGAGUAAUCGGGAAAGGGGACGUGGAUGGAAAAAGAUAAAGACUGUAGUAGUGGGGUGUGCUCGGAUUGCUCGACCGAAACGCGGAUGAUUCGAUCCUUUCUGAACCAUUUCACUCGAUUUGCCUUGGUGAAAUAUCGCCGGCCGACUCGCGACCAACUGCCACCAUACGUGUACGCGUGUGCUUCGAAUUCUCGCUCGUUUACGUUUCUCCGAACUGUGCUGUUUGUCUGAACACGGUCGGACACUUCUACUGCUUCUGCUUCACUGUGCCGAAAGAGCCCUGACGUGCGUCGCGUCGUAACAGAACGUUCUUUUCUUGCUCUCUCGUUUCCUUAAACAUGAAGAAAUUUUUGUGUUCUAGAAAGUGCGGUUGAGAGAAAAAGAAUUUCAACGUUAUAUCGACAAGUUGUCGCAUAUCGAGGUAAUUUUGCUUUUGUUCGUUGCGAGAAGAGAGGGAAACAGGGUAUUAUAUUCUGACGAAUUGUCGGCUUUUUUUUUUGGAAGUUAGGUUUCGGUGGAAUCUAUUGGAUGGAUGGAUGAAACGUUUUCACGAAGUUAGAUACGCGUCACGUAGAAAGACAAACUGGAUAGCACGUGAAAGUAGGGCGACGAGAUUAUCUUGGCCAAUAAAGCGAAUGGUUCGGAAUGACUGCAAUUAUUUCGUGGCGCGUGUUGCUGGUGCCGAUUGGACGAAACUGUUUCGCGAUCAAGGGAGAUAAAGACCUCGAGGGUACGCGCGAACCUAUGGUGGACCUAUCGUGUAUUACCGUAAACGAGAUAAUGUCCGCUCGCUUAGGAAUCCUCGCGAAAGUGGAGUACGCGCGUAAAAUGGGAGAACGUUUAUCUGGAAAUAAAUUAAUUGCCUGACGAUCCAGAUAAUUUCUGCGAAAUUCAAAAAAUGACAGAUAUAACUUCUAAUUUCCGAUUGCAGGAAUUAUAUGUUGUAAAGUUAUUUUUAAAGGAAUCAGUUUGUCAUGUUUUUCGUUUUGAAAACUAAUAUGCAAGGAGUAGCACAAUUUUCAAUUGUCAAGUCCGAUAUUAUAUUUUUCUUAUUGCAGGCCAUUUUUAUGGCCUCGCAACAAACACCACAGGCACGAUCCACCAUGAGAUAACGCGUGUGGUAGUCUAG